AUGUUAGCUAGCGUUAGUAGGUGUAAUAGAAUAUCUCUUUUAUUUUUGAUCAUUUAUUUGUCUGUGAGAGUACAGAGCAAAGUAAAAGACGCAAAAUUAAUCGACGGACGUGAUCCCACCAGAGAUGAGGGUUCAUUCAUGGCGAGCUUGCUGCGUUACCCCGGCAGACAACUCAUAUGCGGUGCUGCAUUUUACACCCCUACCCUGCUGAUAACUGCCUGCAGCUGCAUCAGCGAUGCCGCAUACGGAACAGAAGACGACUUUCCUGAGCAGUCUCUGGACAGUCUCCGAGUGUCAGCCGGCAGCAAGUACUACGUCGAAGUGGACGACAAUUUUGUAUUACUGGAAGUGGCGGAAUUAAUCGCUCAUCCCCAAUGUGAAUAUGAUUUCUAUGUGGACAUGUGGAAAAAAGAUUUAGGGAUUGUCGUUGUUAAAAAGCCCGUGAACAGAAGCAUUCCUUUGCAAUACAUCUCUUAUCCUCAUCCAGACCAAUAUUUGCACUCUCUGCUCAGCCUGUUUGAGGACGAAGGGUACUGGGUCGGCGGGAAGAAAUCGUGCUACGUUUUCGGUUGGGGCUCCACGGGUUACAUGAAGAACAGGAAUGAGUUCGAGGCUUUCGAUCCGAUAGCGUACCUUCAAACUCGCGCUAUGCAGAUUAUGUUUCCAGAUGAGUGUCAGGAAGAAUUGUGCCAAGUAAGCAAUAAAGUUUGCAAAUUUUGGCCAAGUUCGCAAAGGGCAUUCUGCGCCAUGGCCAAGGAACCGGGAAGAGGGUCUUUCUGCGACGGCGAUGUCGGCUCACCAUUCGUCUGUGACGGCAUCCUGUACGGAAUCGCGUCUUGGAACUAUGAGUGCGGUACAUCUGUUAAGGCUAACAUAAUUUAUGAACUGGACAUAAUGUUCAUCGACGCUUUUAAAUAUCUUUCUUCUUCUCUUUGCCACCAAACUGAUUUCUUAUUUCUGCUAAUACUAUUUGUUGCUACUAUCAUAGUUUGA